AUGGGCGGGUCUGUCACUCUGAAUCCACGCUCUGCCAGUCCCAACCUUAUGAUCUCUCCUGAGAAGAUGAGGGUGACCUUGAAGGACACCAGUGAGGACUCAAAUAGCACCUGCAGCGUGUUGGGCGUUGAGGGCAUCACAUCAGGGCGCUGUCACUGGGAGGUGGAGGUCCCAGAUGGAGACAAAAGUGAAUGGGCUCUGGGGGUCUGCAGGCAAUAUGUGAAAAGGGAAGGCUGGUACAGAGAGUCCCCAGAUAAGGGGUUCUGGGUUGUGGGGAAGUUUGGUUCUCAAUAUCAUGCCUGCACUUUAGAUAAGCAUAAGACUGUGUUAUCUUUGAGGCAGUUUCCCCACAGGGUGGGUGUUUUCCUGAACUACAAUGAAAGAGAUGUCUCUUUCUAUAACAUGACCGACGGUUCCCACAUUUUCUCCUUCCCUCAAGCUUCCUUCUCUGGGACCCUCUUUCCAUACUUCAGUCUGAGGUCAGGGGUUGGGUCCCUGAUCAUCUGCCCCGUGGAGGGUGUGCCUGAGAGGUCCUCUGUGCCCCUUAAUAAUUCUCCAGAGGAAACUGUGAGCCUCCCAGGGGUGAGGUUCAGCUCAGGCUGCAGUGUUGAUGAAGUUCAAUCUCCACUACUGCCCUGCAGUGUGGAGGCCGUGCCCCCUCACUGUUCCUAUCCCCUUACUGAGGCUUUUCCUGGAGAUGCAGACUGUGGCACCCUUCCUGUGGCAAAGCCUCUGAGCUGAGCCCUGGAACGCCGAGCCCUCCCUUCCUGCUCUGCAUUCAGACUGCUUGGUGGGUGGUUAUGAGAAUAGUCAGUUCAUUUCUCCUGCAUAGGAGCAGGUUAUAAAAGUUGACUGAGCUGGUUUGGAAUAGGCUAUAUUUUGGUAUGGGAAGUUUUUUUUUUUUUUUGUAAUGAAAAAUAUUUCAUGAACUCAUUGUAGUGUUUGAAUAGGAAAGAGGAUUAGGGGCUGAAUUACCCUGCAGGUUUAGCUGGAGUUUCCUUUAACCAUCUGGAGUUUAGACAGCAGAAUGCAGGGGUUGAGGGUAGUCCCCAAACCCAUUUUGGGGGUUCUUCACUAUCUGACCAGAAAAGUUGGCCAUCCAAAAGUCUCCAGGAAAAUGGAUGGCUGAUGGACUUUUAGGAGGAGAGGAGUCUAAUAUUCUACCCUCUGUAUUUCCUUUUCUGGGAUGGGUGGAACACUUGUUUUUUCAAGCCUCAGUAGAUUUCUGUUACCUGUGAAAAACCUGUGCCAUGUUAAUUUAGGAAAUGAAGAAGCAUCUGGGUUCCCCUUUAGUGUGAGCGAGGUUUCAGUCAUCAGUGUAUUGCUUCUUAGUACUUCCAAGUCCAAUGGUAUGGUUAAUAGAAAACCACAGCAAAGAAAAGGAAGCAUGACUUUGGAGGACUCAGACCUACAGGAAUGAAGGUGCAUUCACUCUGCCAGGCAGAGAGCUCUGACUUGCUAUGGUUCUUACUAAAUGUGGAAGACCUGGAGUAGGAAAUAGAAGAAAGAAGACGAUCAAUUCUGACCUGUGACCAGUUUCAGAAAUAAGGAGUGAAGUAAAAGCUUUGUAUAUUUUUCUUUUUUGUUGUAUGUGUAUGUUUAUUUGUUUAUAUUAACCAUUUUCUUUUUCUCUCUUCUUACCCUUAUGCUUUUAUAUGAGUCAUUGGGGGUUAUGUGUAGUAUAGCCUUUAAGUAUCAGACUAGUCAAUGGGGCUGUGAAUUUCAGGAAAUUUGCAAUAUAAAUACAGCAAUGUUAUAUACAAUGAUUGGGACUUUCUGUCUCGACAUUUUUGGGAAAGGGUGAGAAUUUCUUCCCUUGUAAGGGUAGG